AGUGGAUGUCAGUGGAGAUGAGAUUAGUUGAAUUUACUCUGAGUUAACAGUUCGUUCUGACCGACCGGACUGCUACAGAGUGUUUACGCAGCGAUUCUCAACUUUAGCAGGUCUGAAACAGUUUCAGUUCAGUAUUACGUAGGAACUGGACUGUAACGGUUCUGAACCUGUGCAGAGAAGGGAACGGGUCAGGUGGUGGUGUCCGGAUUGGCUUGACCAUGUUGGCUCUUAGGGCGUUUGUUUUGGUGGGACUAAGCUCCACAUGUCACGCCAUGUCUGGUGAUCCAUGGAGCCAGUGUCCAGUGAGCCGAAGGUGUAAGGACAAGUUUGGAGAUGGGUCAUGUGAUAAAGAGUGCAUGGAGGCCGAGUGUCUUCGAGAUGGGUUCGACUGUCUUAAAGACAGGGGUCACUGCAAUCCGGGCCACACUGAGUACUGCCGUGCUUAUUAUGCCAGCGGCCGCUGCGACCAGGGCUGCAACAACGCUGCCUGUGGAUGGGACGGCAGCGACUGCAUCAAACACCAGAGGCCUCUGUGGGCUAAAGGCACCCUGUUGCUUCACAUCAACAUCCCAAAGCAAAAUGGCUCCAUCAGUAUCAGCCCUCUUCUGUGGACACUCACCGUCCUCCUCCAGUCCCCACUUAUACUGAGAGACUCCAUUUCCCUUUCUACCAGCACAAACUUGUUUGAAUUCAGCCCUCAGGAGCUCGCUGACAUGCUGACUCACCCUCAUCCAGCUGAUGCAAAUGGCUCCCUCCUUUUCCUCCAAGUGGACAACAGGCCAUGCUCCCUUUCAAUCUCUACCUGUUUCCCUUACGCUACUGAGGCCGCCAGUUUCCUACGUGCAGUGAAGCAGCUGAAGCCUUCGACUUUCCCCACCCUCCCAGAGCUGAAGGCCAUCAUCAGCAUCAGAGGUGUCCGAGAGGAAAUAGGAAGCAGAGAAGAGGAAAAGGAAUUUGAAUUUGAAGUUCCAUUGAAAGAGUCAACUCCUGCAUGGCUAUGGGCUGUGGUUGCCAUAGCGAUUGGCCUGCUGCUUUUGAUGCCCCUGGUGGUGUUUCUUGUGAUGAGGCGGGUGAGGCAGCAGCGGGCAGAGAGUAACAGAAGUGUCAGAGUGAGACACCGGUCUAAAGUCACUGACAGUGAUGACAGCAAAGCUAAGGGUUGGAUACAGCAUGCAACGCACCAAGAUCAGCGAGUCCGAUCCAGCAGAGAGAAAGAUAAGAUCAGCCUGAGGAAGAAGAAGAAGGCCAAGGAAGCAGAGAAAAAAAAGAGGAGGGAACCGCUGGGGGAGGACGCCAUCCGAAUGCGACCUCUCAAAAGGGACCAGGAUGUGGGAAGUGACACAGACUUUACCCAGAGUUCAAUGGAAGACAUCAACAUUAGAUGCUCCAGGCGACAGGAGGACCCCUCGAUCUGCGACCACAGGAGCCCGGAGCAGAGACACUUCCGGGCUGGAACCUCUCAGACCCGCAGGCAGAUACAAUCUCCACCUAGAGGAUGGGAGAGGAAUGCAAUGCCUCCACCUCUGCUCAGUCCUCCUCAGCAGCAGUCAGCAGAGUGGUGUGGUCCAGAUGGGUCUGUGGUUCUGAUCCGAGCUGUCCGAAGCGGGUUGGACAGAGUGGUUUUAGAGCUGCUGCAAGCCGGAGUUCCAGUCAACAACACAGAUCAUACUGGGAGAUCAGCCCUGCACUGGGCAUGCUCAGUAAACCACCUCUCCCUAGCCAGGACCCUUAUUCGCUAUGGGGCAGCUGUGGACCUACAAGACAACAAGGGCGAAACAGCGCUCUUCCUCUCUGCUCUCCAUGGUUGCUAUGACACUGCCAGGCUCCUCCUCCUUCAAGGUGCCAACCUUGACCUGCAUGACCGGAGAGGUCGCCGUCCCAUCAAUGUGGCCAGAGAGGCCAUGCACCACCAGGUCCUGGAACUCCUUCUGGCUCAUCAGAUUCAGAGUGGGCCCGUUCCUGUAGACCCAGCAGGUGACAUGACGUGGGAGGAGCGUGCUCUAAUGUACUCCUCAUGGGUCGGAUCACAAGGACUGCCUGGAAGGAGUGCCUCCUUCUCUGGAAUUAUAGGUCAUCGCGAUAUGACCUCCCCACCACAAAAUGAUUGGUCGAUGGGCCGAGUGCAGUACCCCUCUCCUCAGAACUGGCGACCGCAGCUAAACCAAUCAGCAACAGCACUCGUUCCUCCAAGAGUCAUGGGCCGUUCCCCCCGUCCAAUCAGCACCUUACAGGAGGUGACCUCAGAAGACGAGGACCGCGAAAGGCAUCAAGAAGUCCCCAGAGCCACGACGCCUCACUUCCUGUCUCCCCAGCCUGCUCCUCGGCAGCGGUCCUUUUCCUGUACCCAGCAUGCCUUGCAGCGCCGCUCCAGUGCCCACCAUCCAGAGCCCAAUUAUCUUAUUGUGACAGACAGAACAGCCAAUGAGCCCAUUGAGAGGGUCGUUGUUUCACCUCCCACAGAUGCUGCCACCCAACCAGAUCGCCAGCCAGCUGGAAGUGGUGACAACUCCACCAGAGCUGAACAAGCAGUGGCGAGUUCUGCAAAUACAGAGCAGAAAUCUAGAGGUGAGAGGUCAAACAACAACACUGACUCCACACAAACAGCUUUGUAGGAAGAAAAGACAGAGACACUUUAGCUGCUUUUCUGUUCAGCCAACAAGAUGAAUGAGGAAGAACAGGACUGACAAAGGAACUAUGUGAGAGACACUCAGUCUUAGUUUGGCAUCAGGCUUAUUUUACCAGGUUAGCUUGGUAGUUCCUUAUAAUCCAAUGUGCAUUAGAUUGGUGUCACCUGACUGAUUUCCCCUUAAAAUACUUGUUACAAACCUGUCAAAUAAAUACAGCAGCAAAUACAGAAAUCUUCUUUCCCCCUUCUCUUCUUAGUUUUGUUUUGUAUGUUUGUUUGUUUUUGUUUGUUUGUUUGUUUUUUUUAACUCAUGGAGGAUGGUAUUGUUUUAAACAUUCUGUGAAAUGGCAAAUAAUAAAGGGGAAUAUGCUCCAAUCCAAUGUCUCUAUGUGACAGCUGCAGACUUAGUCAAGGAUAAAUAAAGAAAUAAUUAAAUGCACACAUGUACAGAAAUGUCAGAAUCCUACGGAUGUAUGUAAACAACUUUUCAUACGCUUUUUUUUCCCAUUUAUGCUAUAAUUUAGUGUUUACAAAUAUAUAUAUAUAUUGUGUGUGUACAGAUACAUUUUAGGAAUAAAUGAGUCAUUGUGACGUGUCUUAAAGGUGCACUGUGUAACUUUCUGACCUUAAAACUCGUUUCUGGCUAGACCCUGGUUGCCUGUAUGUAAGGAUUUAUAAUUUUGACAUUUUUUUGUGGGGUAUGUUUUCUUGUUGCACUGUAAAUUUUAUGUUUCUAUGGUUACUUUUGGAAUUAAAAACAAGGAAAACCUUUGCAUGAAUUCCUACUACAAGACAUCUUAGUGUGCAGCUUCCAAGUUUUCUUUGCAGUCACUUAGUAGCUGCUUACCAAGUCGGGCCUACUUACUUCAAAGUGCAGGUUCGUCAGCUACAUAGUGGUGUCAAGCACUGUCUCAUUUGGAAGACGCCUUUGGAAUCCACCCAAACCCGCACGUCAUUUGGCCUGUAGCGAAUGUUGCCAGUGGUGCAUCCUUCACAGCUUCUUUUUUCCCAGAAUUCAUUGCGCACAAAAUUACUUUGAAUGAGAAACAAAGCUCCAAAGAGUGUUUUUCAUUUACCUCACUUUAAUAGAAAUGUGACAAAACCAAAUACAUUAAAAACAUGUUUGUUAAACAGUG